GAAUUUGGGUCUCAGUAGAAACUGCAAGCACCGUAUAAAAACCCGAAGCCUUCCUCCGCUCUCUCCGAACCGGAGGCUCACCAAUGAACUGCACGCACUGUACCGUGGCAACGGUCGCCUCCUUCCCUUAUUCUCCGCCGUCGAAUCUCACCGCCACAAAAACCCUUCAGCUUCGCCGGAGUUUCACGCGCUUCCUUUCCGCCAACCACCACGCGCCGAGAAUCAAGACGAUAACCUUUCGAGUCAGAGCUUCCGCGAGCGACAAUGAAAGUGGUGGUGGUGGUGGUGGGACCAGGAACUGGGUGAACCGGCUGCCGACCGGAGCUAUCGCCGCCGAUAAGGUUCUGAGGCUGAUCGCCGGCGCCACCGCCAGUCCCAUUUGCCAGUACGUCUCCUCGCCCUCAACGUUUCUUCAUUCUGUUGACCCCAGAAUCAAAUUGGUAUGGCUUUUGGCCUUGGUUGUUUUACCAGCAAGGUCACAUAUAGUACUUCGGUUCGGAUUAAUAAUAUACCUGGCCCUCUUGUCAAUAUGGGUUCUUCCAAGACAGGCAUGGAUGGACCAACUUGGAAGAGUGUCUUUACUUACUGGAAUUUUAUUCAUCAUGUUGGGGCUGGGUUCAGAUGGCGUACCAUCCCUUGUGCAAUCGAGAACUCCACCUCCUGCAAUGAUGGGAUUGUCAAAUCUUCCUUUAUCUUUGAGCGGAUAUUCCUAUUCGAUAAUGAAGCUAGGACCAUUACAUUUUACAAGGAAGGGCUUAUCUAUAGCGAGUACAGCCGCCUGUUUAACCUUCACAGUCUUCCAAAGUGCGAGCCUUUGCCUGACGACCACGACGCCUGAACAACUUGCAUCUGCCUUACGGUGGUUUAUGCUCCCUUUGACCCAUAUCGGUGUGCCUGUGGCUGAAAUUAUUCUCACCCUUAUGUUAUCGUUGAGGUUCAUCAGUUUAGUGUUUGAUGAGGUACGUAAUGUUGCAUUGGGAAUUAUAUCUCGUAGGAUAAAUUGGGAGCAACUGACGAUGUUGGAGACGAUUGACCUCUUCUUUGCCUACUUUCGUCGAAUUUUCAAAAAUAUUUUCAAUCAUGCGGAGCAGAUUUCACAGGCUAUGAUUGUCAGAGGGUUUAGAGGAGACAGCAAGUCUCAUAACAUCUACUUCUUAUCGGAUUCAUCCUUCGGAAAAGCGGACCUCAUUUCCUUAUUGUGUCUGGUUGGUGUUGUUGGUGCUUCCCUCUUGUCGGACUACUAUCUUGUCUGACGGGCAUAGCUACUGCUGCAACUUGUCUGAGGAAAAGAAGCUUCCAUAGCUGGUUACCAUUCACCUGCAAGAGCUUUGGAUGGGGUUGGUUCGACAUGAUUGGGCAGCUUACGAAAAUUUGCACUUCAUGGAAAGACAGUUCAUUGGCUGUUCCCACUAAGAAAUGUUGCAGUUGCAUUCUUGGAGGUGUCUCUCAAGAAUGUAUGCAUGGUGUAGUUUAUUGGAAUUUAGGAGAUACUUGCGCUCCUGUGUACUAUUUAGCAUUCUAUUAGUACAGGAUACGAUUUUUUAAUAAUGGUGAUUUGCCAUUUUCAUCGUCUUACACUCUGGUUAAUGUAAAAUAUAUAUAACAAGUCACCGAUUUGUAAACUUUUAUUAAAAAGAAGAGGAAAAAAA